GCCUUCCCGGCGCUCGAUGACGCAGCACUGGUUGCUGCUGCCGUCCGCGCUGCCGUGGAUGGCCGCGUUCCUCGGCGCACCAUCGCUGCUGUCGCCCGCGCGGCGGUGGCAUCGGCUGCGGUGGCCAUGACGUGCGCGCCGACGGCGGACGACAUGGUCGACGAGGACGUCACGAAGAAGUCGAAGCCGAUGUCGGAGGCCAAGGCGAGCCUCGACGAUGAUCGGGCGAACGAUGCAAGUCCUGCGCAGCUGGAGCACUGGGGUGGCCUGGUGGUGGACGGC